AUGGCCAAAGUUCAUCUGCACGUGUGUAUCAUUGGCGCGGGCCUGGGAGGCCUAGCUGCCGCCAUCUCCAUCGCCCGAGCCGGGCACAAAGUCACGAUCCUCGAACAAGCUCCCGCGCUGGGGGAGGUCGGGGCAGGAAUCCAGGUCCCUCCAAACAGCACCCGCGUCUUAUCGCGCUGGGGCCUUCUGCCCGCCCUGGAAGCCGUCUCGGUCCGGCCUCAAAACUUCCACCUGCGGUCCUACCGCGACGGUCAGAUCCUGUCGACUCAGCCCCUGAUUCCGCACUGCGAAGCCACCUACGGUCAUCCAUACCUGCACGUCCACCGGGCCGAUUACCACCGGAUCCUCGUCGAAGAAGCCGAGCGCCAGGGAGUCGAGAUCAUCCUGGACUCGUUUGUGACGGCCAUCGAUUUUGAAACACCAGCAGUGCACAUCAAAACUCGACCUGAAGCUUUCGCGGCAGACCUGAUCAUCGGCGCGGAUGGCCUGAAAUCAGUCUGUCGCGAAGCCCUCCUCGGCCGCCCGGACCCGCCGCACUUGACGGGCGAUCUCGCGUACCGCAUGGUUGUCCCCGCAAGCCGGAUGCGCGAACACCCGCUGCUCCGCGACCUCGCGUCCACGCCCAACAUCAACUACUGGGUGGGCCCCGACAGCCACGCCGUAUGCUACCUGCUGAAAGGCGGCGAGCUGUACAACAUCGUCAUCGCCUGCCCGGACAAUCUGCCCGAGCUCGUAAACCAACAAACCGCAGACCGCGAGGAAAUGCACGCCCUGUUUGAACACUGGGACCCGCAGCUCCGCGCCCUGCUGGAGCUGUGCAACGACACGUCGAAAUGGCGUCUGCAGAACUCGCGGGAGAUGAAGACCUGGAGUCACCCGGGCGGAAAGUUUACGUUGCUAGGCGACGCCUGCCACGCCACGCUGCCUUACUUGGCCCAGGGGGCCGCGCAGGCCGUCGAGGACGGCGCCGUGCUGGGCCACUUGUUUGAGAAGAUCGAGCGGAGGAGCCAACUGCCCGAUUUGUUGGCCAUCUACGAGAGUGUCAGGAAACCGCGCACGACCCGCGUCGUCACGGGGAGUUCGCAUCUCGGGCGCGAGAUUUUUCACCUGCACGAUGGACCCCGCCAGCGCGAGCGGGACAGGCAGUUGCGAGAGUGGGACGCGGACCCCUUCGAAGGGUACCAGAAUAGAUGGCGGGAUCCGGUGUUUCAGGAGUUUUUAUUCGGGUAUGAUGCGCUGGAAGUCGUCGAGGGCGCGUGGGCGAGAUAUCAGGAGGGACGGUUUCCCGGGACGAUGGGGAGAUUUGCGGAGGAGGAAGAUGAGGUGGUGUUGGCUGGGGCGAGUGAGCUGGACGAGCUGAGAAGGCAGGAUAGUAAGGAUAGUGGAGUUGGGGCGAAGGAGGCGAGGUUGUGA